CUCUGUUAUACGGUUCUCAGUGGCUACAAUGUGGCAUUAUACGGAAGUUGUAACGAGCAACGCUUGAUUGCCAUGCCCAGUUGCCAAUUGUAUCCAGUUUUUGAGUAGAUCCGCCAAUCAGCUUAAAGGGGCGGGAAGUGUCAUUCUCCAUCAGUGUUUGUGAUACAUUUUACACUUGCGUGUACACAUUGAAAGGAGAGUAGACAGCAACCAUGUCGUAUCCAGGGAAUAAAGACACUAAAGGAAGCUUGGAAAAAGACAACAAAACAUCCCAGACGACAGGUCCUAGUGCGAACCUUACAGAAACAGAUGGGUAUUUCUGCAGCAGUUCUUUCUCUAUGGACCCUGCGGAGGAGUAUAAGAUGAACCACAAGCGGCGAGGCCUGGCUCUCAUCUUCAACCAGGAGCACUUCUACUGGCAUCUGAGGAUGCCCCCCCGCAACGGGACCAAUGCUGACCGCUCCAAUCUGGUCAAAAGAUUUGAGGACUUGAACUUUGAAGUGCAGGCCUUUGAUAAUCUGAAGGUGGAGGAAGUUCUGGAUCAAAUCAGUCAGGCGGCUGAGGCCAACCAUGCUGAUGCAGACUGCUUCGUGUGCGUCUUUCUGAGCCACGGAGAGAACGACCACGUCUAUGCUUACGACGACAAGAUCGCUAUCCAGGACAUCACUGCCCUGUUCAAAGGAGACAAGUGUAAGAGCCUGGUGGGCAAGCCCAAGAUCUUCAUACUACAGGCGUGCCGUGGGGACAAGCAUGACGAUCCAGUGACCCCCAUGGACGUGGUGGACAGCGAAGUGAAGACCAACGAGGUGGUGGUGGACGCUGGGGUGGUCUACACCCUCCCUGCUGGCGCUGACUUCAUCAUGUGUUACUCUGUGGCUGAAGAUCUGACUGCCAUACUUGUUCCCGGUGUCCCUGUGCAGGCUACUAUUCCCACCGCGAGACGAUCAACGGCUCCUGGUACAUCCAGGACCUGUGUGGGGCCAUGCGGAAGUUCGGGGAUUCCCUGGAGUUCACGGAGCUCCUGACCCUGGUCAACAGGAAGGUGUCCAUGAGGAGCGUCGGGAAUUGUAACGACAAGACCGCCAUCGGGAAGAAACAGGUCCCCUGCUUCGCUUCCAUGCUCACCAGGAAGCUCUACUUCCGACCCAAGAAGCAGUAAGGUCUCCAUCCACUGGGCAGCUACUACGUCAUUCCUGAAUCCUGCUGUAGUUGUUUUGAAUGUUUUUUGGGGAGAAAGGUUGUCCUUGACUAUAAUGUCUGGUGGUUCUUUUUGUUAAAAGUUUGUCUACAUUAUUUAGAUGUUAGUCUUGAGAACCAUGAAUUACACUUCAUCAAGCUGUGCAUAUUCCCUUUAUUCUAAUCUUUCCUAUGAAACCAAAUGGAGAUCAUGUCAUUGGCUGAUGAUUGUGUAUGCAGUGUUAUUUUAACACACAUUCUGUGGUGGCAAAACUGACCUAAAACAAAGCAUGGUACUAUACUGGUGAAACCUGCUUGGCUGCUCGGCUUCAGGCUUUCCCUGUUGGUGUUGACAGAGGUCAUGGAAUGUACCCGCAGGGCAGGUAAAAGAGUGACAUGAGAAUGGUAAUUGAGCAUUAACAUUUCAAAUGACUUUAUUCUCAAUCUGUUUGUGGAUAGCUGUUUGUUAAGAGGGGAUUCUCAGUCAGUAAAGGAUUUUGCAUCUCCAGUCCCUUAAGGCCUUUCUCGAGAGAAUACUGCUAAUUCUUAGCAUUGACUAGUGGUUCCCUGGGCUUGAUUUGUUUACAUCAACUAUCUGUGUCAAAUAUACAAAGACAUGUGCACGUUGUUUGAAGGAGGAUGUGGCUCUGGGGUUAAAUCCCUACCUUGCAUCCAAAAGGUGUGGCUUUGAUCCUUAUCUCUUGUGCAAGAUUGUGCAACUGUCUUUGUCCGACAUAGGAAGAAAAGUGCCGAUUGGGGUAAAGAGUGGGUGGCUCUGGGGUUGAACGCCUUCCUUGCAACCAAGAAGAUGUGGGUUCAUACCAUAUCAAUACCGUCCAGCACGGUGUUUCCUCCGACACAUUGGUGCGGCUGGCUUCCGGGUUGGAGGCGCGCUGUGUGAAGAAGCAGUGCGGCUUGGUUGGGUUAUGUUUCGGAGGACGCAUGGCAUUCGACCUUCAUCUCUCCCAAACCUGUACGGGAGUUGUAGCGAUGAGACAAGAUAGUAAUUAGUAACAAUUGGAUACCACGAUAUUAGGGAGAAAAGGGGGUAAAAAAUAAAUAUGUUGCCUCCCCACUUGUUUUGUCAAAAAGGGAAUUUGUGUUAUUUCUCUUUGUACUUGGAUGUGCUUAGCCUUUACAACUCAUGUAGUUUUACAAAUUUUUGAAAGCGGCAGGCUAAACGUGAACAAACAACUCCAAUGUGGAAAGUACCUCUGGGAGUCAAGUGUCUAGUGUUUCAAAGACUAAGUAAAUACUGCACGUUUGGUCACAUGACCUGCUGUACUACUCUGACUCAGGAAAACCAGUCCUAUACAUGGUUUACUGCCACUAUGGUGCCUUUGUUUGGUGACAUGACCUACUGUACUACUCUGACUCAGGAAAACCAGUCCUAUACAUGGUUUACUGCCACUAUGGUGCCUUUGUUUGGUCACAUGACCUACUGUACUACUCUGACUCAGGAAAACCAGUCCUAUACAUGGUUUACUGCCACUAUGGUGCCUUUGUUUGUUCACAUGACCUACUGUACUACUCUGACUCAGGAAAACCAGUCCUAUACAUGGUUUACUGCCACUAUGGUGCCUUUGUUUGUUCACAUGACCUACUGUACUACUCUGACUCAGGAAAACCAGUCCUAUACAUGGUUUACUGCCACUAUGGUGCCUUUGUUUGUUCACAUGACCUACUGUACUACUCUGACUCAGGAAAACCAGUCCUAUACAUGGUUUACUGCCUCUAUGGUGCCUUUGUUUGUUCACAUGACCUACUGUACUACUCUGACUCAGGAAAACCAGUCCUAUACAUGGUUUACUGCCACUAUGGUGCCUUUGUUUGUUCACAUGACCUACUGUACUACUCUGACUCAGGAAAACCAGUCCUAUACAUGGUUUACUGCCUCUAUGGUGCCUUUGUUUGUUCACAUGACCUACUGUACUACUCUGACUCAGGAAAACCAGUCCUAUACAUGGUUUACUGCCACUAUGGUGCCUUUGUUUGGUCACAUGACCUACUGUACUACUCUGACUCAGGAAAACCAGUCCUAUACAUGGUUUACUGCCACUAUGGUGCCUUUGUUUGGUCACAUGACCUACUGUACUACUCUGACUCAGGAAAACCAGUCCUAUACAUGGUAUGGUGCCUUUGUUUGGUCAUUCAAAUCAAUGGCCUUUUAAUGAACUAUAAAAAAAAAUCCAGCUUUUUACCAUUGUUCUUUAUUGAGGGUAUUUGACAACUGUUUUCAACUUAAGAUAAGAUCACUUUAUUGGUCAAUUACACCCCCCCACAUUCCAUCUGGGCUGGGAUUGGAAACCCUCCGGUUGCUGGCUCGCAUCUCUAACCACUUGGCUACCUGCCGCUCCAAUACUGAACAACUUUAACACUACCAAUCUUUUUUGUACACCACAUGACUACAGACAUAUUCUUCAGCCAGAAAAUAUGCGCAAGUGUGCAUUAUAUAACUCAGAUAAGACAACUCAGGGUACCAAUCAACAGACCAUCUCAUGUUUAAAAAAUAAAUAAUUGUUAGUCACCUGGGAGAUAUUUACUAAAGCAAUGACAAUGCAUGAGGUAUUACUCAUUUGUAUGUGAACCUGAGUGCUGGACACCAAUUCAUGUUUCUAUUUCUGAAUUGUUCAAGAAAAUGAGGACCAUUUUAGUCUCCAUGGGUGAAUAUAAGGAACCACUGCUUAGUAAGAGUAAUGUACUUGUCUUGUUUUGUGGUCCACCAGGGAAAUGUAUCUCUGACCUUUUGGGAGAUUGGGUUUGCACUAAUAGCAUUUGGAGAGGUGCGUGGGGCUCCUAUUGAGUUAGAAUCUCUCAUUUAUAAAAUGGCAGUUGUAAAACUGUUGAAAUAUGUUUGGGGUUUUGAUGAUUGAAACAAAAGUCUGAAUUGAGGUGCAAUAAAAUAUUGAAAUGUAA